GUCGUUGUCGUCUCCUUCCCCUCUAUUAUUCUUCCCUCUCUCUAACAAUACUCCCGGUCGAUUGCAGGUUCAAUCUUCUCCUCUUCCCCCUUUCUCCCCCCUCCCCCCCUCUCACCCUUCCUUCCUGCUACGUCACCAUGGAAAGCCGUGGCUUGACCCUUCGCAGCAAAUCUCGCCGUCCUCGACCCCAGAUUAGUGCUCCGAAGCCCAUCUCCGGCCCUCUUCCGCCUAAUACCAUCAGCCCCAGUCCCAGCACUUCGACCAGCGCUUCCGCUGUCAGCAAACCCGCCGUCCCCGUGCAUGGGACCACCGCCAGCUCUGCCAACAAAGAUGCGACCUCUGAUCUCGUCAAGCGACGGUACUCGACCCGGUUCAACCAAGUCCCUGACUUUGAUGGUGUGCCGCCAGUGCCCGGCCUACCUCCGCUCCCGGCCACGUAUGGAGGACUGAGCCCGCCCGAGACGAGUCGCCGACCCUCCACCGAAUCGUCGGGUCCGCCAAAGGUGGAUUUGGAUGCGCUGCGGGAUCCCAGUUUGCCCGUCGAUAAAUAUGUGGCCAACCUGCUUGCGAACGCGUCGGAAGAAGAGAUCGAGGAAUACCAGCGCAGUCUACGAAAAGUCAAGAACCGAACAUCCACCGACCUCCAGCAGAAUGUAUACCAGAACCGGACCCAAUUCAUCAAGAUCAGUAAAGAAGCGGAAAAGCUCAAAGGGGAAAUGCGCACCCUGCGCACCCUGAUGGCGGAGCUGACUACCACGCUCGGUCAAACUACAGUCGGCACCACCCCUAACCCUAUGUCGCCCAUGCCCGAUGAACGACUGCCCAAGCGUCACGCCAACCGCAGCUCGGUCGCAAAUCUGGAGAGCAUGUGGAACGUGCAGCUGCAGACGUUGUGGAAGACCGUCGAAGGAUCGCAAAAGUUCUUGCCGGUGGUGCCGGGCCGGCACAUUGUGAUGGAGAGUGGACACUGGGUCGAACUGGAUUCGGCAACAUGGAAGCCGCGGCGCCCGGUGCACAUUGUGCUGCUGAACGAUCACCUCCUGGUGGCGGCCAAGAAACGCAAGCGCGUGGAUCAGAGCAGCCAUCGUGGUCCCGUGCCUACGAAGUUGGUGGCAGAGGAAUGUUGGCCCCUUCAGGAUGUGGAUAUGAUCGAUCUCGGGGCCAAUCUCGGCGCGGGGGUUGCGCGCGAGGAUGCUGAAGACCGGGGCAUCACGAACGCCAUCAACGUGCGUGUCGGAGGCAAACCUUUCACCUACCGGCAUGACAAGCGGGACAGCUCAGCCAAGAGUGACCUACUGGCCACCUUUCGAAAGACGGUCGAGGAUCUCCGACGCAACCUCCGGUCGGACACCGAGGCCGCCGGCAAAGCUGUCCCUGAGGUAACAGGCUAUCGCCACGCCUCGUACUCUCCGCAGCCGGAUCGGCCGGUCAGUAUGGACGGUGGGCGAGACAAGCCUGAGGUGCGCAUUGAUGUAGACGGCAAGCAACAGAACCUGCGGUGGGUGGAGGGCCAGAUCGACGAGCUGGACAUUGAUAUUGCUCUGCAGCGGUUCGAGGAUGCUGUGGGCCACAUCGAGCGGUUGCGCAAACUUGCCCGAGGGUUAAAGGGCAAUGCGGUCGCGCAGGACGUGAUCACAACCAAGGUGGAUGAGCGUGCGGCCGCCCUGGCCGAGGUAUUGCUGCGUGCUCUGGUGGACACUCCCUCCUUCCCUCAAGCGACCAAGACCAAGUCCACGUGGCUGAUGCGCUUGGGCUUCGAGGACCAAGCUAGGGAGGCUUAUCUUAAGGCGCGAACUGAUGUCAUAUCCAAGCGGAUCAGAGCCUGUGUCUUCGAGGGCGACCUCCCGAUGUAUAUCUUCCAGAUUUCCUACGUCUACUUCACCUUGAUCAAAAACACCAUCAGCAUUUAUCAGCAAUGCUUCCCGCCGGCCAUGUCCAGUGCCAGCAUCCGCUGGGCCAAGCAUCACCUCGACGGCUUCAAUGCGCUCCUCACGCGGCAGCUGAGCAGCGUGCAGCGGGGGACCACCGUGUACCAGAAAUGUCUUGAUAUCGUGCACGAGCAUGCCAGCCUGCUGACCGAGGUUGGAGUCGACUUCACCGAUCUGGUCGCCAAGGGGCUGGAGGUGGAGGAUUCAGCCGAACGGCCACAGAUGACACGCUCGGAGUCGUUGAUCUCAGGACUGGCUGAAGCUGCGGCGGCCGCGUCUCCAGUCAUUUGAAAUAGGGGAUGUUUGAUCUGUAGCGUUUUUGUUACUCUGCGUACGCUUGUCUAUAUUUUUAUUUUUACUACCCAGCCUCGGGAGGCUCGUUAUGUACAAUUCAGCUCUGUGCAAGCUUGUUGCUUUGAAAUGUAACCUUAGAUGCAUACUAUUAUUAUAUGUCAG